UGGCCGCACGCGUCGUUAUAAACACCACGCCAACGACAUCCGGGGCAGAUCUAGCUGGAGCCUCGCACAGUGUCAGUUCAGUCUAUAACCGUCUUCAUUAAAAUGGGAGAUAUGCUCGUCAUGAAGCCUGAAGCCCUGAGGGAGGUGCACAAGACCACUUUUCUUCCACUAAAUUACAUAAAGAAUACCAAGAACUAUGUACUUUUCCGAUUCCAGCAAGAGGAAUUGCAUCACAUCUUCAACUCAGACCUCAUCCAAGGGAGCACGCUCGUGGACAUCGGCUCUGGUCCGACGGUCAACUUCGUGCUCUCGGCCACGAAGAAGUUCCGGGACAUUGUGGUCAGUGACCUGGUCGAGAGUAACCGACUCGAGGUGGACAAAUGGCUCAAGAAAAGCGCAGACUCGGUCGACUGGUCGUUCCGGGCCGAACAAGUCGCCGAACUGGAGGGACACCGUGACACCAAAAAGGGAGCGUUAGAAAUCAUGGAGCGAGCACGACGUGCCAUCAGCAAGGUAAUCCCCUGCGACGUCCUGGAGCCAGGAGUGCUUCCGAAGGAACACAAGAAACCGUUCGACGUCGUUCUUUCGUGCAACUGUCUGGAGGCGGCGACGGCAGACCCAGAGUCGUUCGGACGUGUUCUGGCGAACAUGGGUUCCCUGGUGAAGCCUGGAGGUUUCCUGGUCAUGGUCGGCACGGGAGGAAUCACCUGGUACGAAGUGGGCAACAAACCCCUUCCCAUGAUGGUACUCACCGAAGAAAUCAUCAGAAAGGCAGUGACGGAUGCGGGAUUCGAGAUCGUGAGGUUUCGCACCGGAGAAUAUGACGGCCCUAUUUUAGAAGACCGAGGCAAGCGAUUCGGAUGGGCCAUGGUAGCCCGCAAGUCUUGAUCGCUCUUCCAAGAAGAGCGAGUGCCUUCUUUUAAAGUUCAUAUUAAAUACAACAUUGCACAUUUAUCUGAAUUCGCCUCGGAGCUUCGUGGUAAUUCUUUUUUUAUUGGCAGUUUGAAAAUGCCUAAUAAAGACGUGCAAAUAUAA